UGUCAUUUGUUUAUUAAGGUUUAUUUAGGUACUCUUGUUUUGCAAAAACAGAAGACUAAUACAUCAAAUGAUGGGUUUUUAAUUUGUAUUACACAUUUAGAUAUAUAACCUUAAUGGCUGAAUCUGGAAGACAUCACAGGCAAUUAGCUCAAUACUUAAACAAACACAAAUCUCAAGGUAAACAAAAUGGUAACGAGGGACAGGGAAAAACGAUAGCAUCUCAAAACAGUUUGACUUUACAUCAUAAUGAUGUACGUGGAAAUCAACAGAAUCAGCAUAAGCCUAGCAGCUUGAGGGACAAGAAUACAUCUUCAUCAAGAUCACGUUCCAUGGAGAAGACAUUCAGUCACAACAGCAGAAGACCAAAAAUCCACGGAAAAGCAACAAUUGAUCACCUGCCAGAUGAAAUUCUGUUGAAGAUAUUCCGCUACCUAGAAGCUCACAGUCUACUCCGAGCAGCGUCGGUGUGUCACCACUGGCAGGGCAUAGCUAAUGACAAUUUUCUUUGGGAAGAAAUAUUCCGGCAUUAUGCAUCUAAAUUGCCUGGCAUCAAGGUGACAAAAAUACCGGAAAAACCUCCUUUGUCAUACUGGAAACAGUUGUGCAUUAAAAGGUGUUCAGAGCAACGAAAUAAAUCUGCAUUUCACAUGCUAAGAGCAAUUUAUCCGUACACCGGUCUCCCUCGUCACACAGAGAAAGCCCUUAAAAAAGCGGGCGUGUACUUCCAGCUGAGUUUGUUGGACCGUGACGGUGUUGAACACCUCAGCAUGACCAAGGAUGUGUUCUAUCACACCAUGACAGUUACAGUCAGGUGGCACAGUCUGACCAAUGUGGCGCCGCUCACCAGAAUAAAGAAGAUUCAAGUGUUAGCCUGCAAUCCUUUGUUUUUUGAAACCAAUGGUUCUGCCGUACCCAACAGUCCCUAUCAAAGAUCUCUACUGCUGGAGGAUGAUAUCUCGUGGAGGAGCUGGAUUGAGAAGAAUCCCGCGCUGGUAUCUGAUGACUUGGUGUCUCUCCACAGACUUCCUUCUGGUCUCGUUAUCGCCACCUGGAAAGAUGGCGGGGAGCUUGCUUUUGUCACAGUUGGAUUCCAUUUCAAUCAUCUAGUUCAUCGCUGUCUUUGGGGCAAAGCAAACAAUAUUUAUGAAAUGCCACCCCACAAAGUCAUAUCUGAUGAUAUUGAUCCAUGCUAUGGCUUACAUCACUUUUCUGUCACGGUUGAGUUGCGUAAUAUGAGACAGCCACUGUGGAAUCAACAGUUUAAGACAGUUGACUGUAAAAGGGAGGGAAUUAGAGGAGACUAUGCGUCCUUCAUUCUGAUCAGGAAACAUUUCACCAUUGAUCACGUGAUCAUCACUAAGAACUUGAACUUGCCGUGGAAAACUGAACUCUUCAAGGGUAUUCUCAAGAAUGUUGCCUGGCUCGAUAUUGUCAUGUUGGAUGAGAGAAACGAGGUCUUCUGGGCAGUAAGCUCUCUUAUCAAAGCAGAUUUACAAAAACAAUCUAAGACGUUUGACUUUGACUACAAUGGAGAACAGAAUCUGGAGGUCCACCUGUCAGAAGACAAGGGCCAGGUGUUUAUGGAACUAAAUCAGAUGGAUGAUGGACGAUUGUUUGUGACCAGCUUGGAGUUGAAAGUGAAGUUCAGCGCCAUCGAUGAAUGGUUUGGAUCAUGUUAUUCUGAACAGACUAGCCUAACGAAAUGAGAUGUUCAUGAGCCACAUGUUUGUGUCCCUCGAAAAGAGGUGUCCGUUGUUUCCAAGUGAUUUAAUCCCAUGGGAUCAAACACAGUGAUAAUGACAAUCAUGUUGCACAGAGGGAAACCAGUCAUAGUCGGGUUGUGGAAGAAGGGUUUACUGCUUAGUAUGACCACAAGAGGUCAUUUUGCAAUUACAGACAUAUGAAUGUUUGCAAUUACAGACAUAUGAAUGUUUGCAAUUACAGACAUGAGAACGUUUGAAAUUACAGACAUAUGAACGUUUGAAAUUACAGACAUAUAAACUUUUACAAUUACAGACAUAAGAACUUUUACAAUUACAGACAUAUGAACUUUUGACAAUUACAGACAUAUGAACGUUUGAAAUUACAGACAUAUGAACAUUUGCAAUUACAGACAUAUGAACUUUUACAAUUAUAGACAUAUGAACUUUUACAAUUACAGACAUAUGAAUGUUUGCAAUUACAGACAUAUGAACUUUUGAAAUUACAGACAUGAGAACGUUUGAAAUUACAGACAUAUGAACGUUUGCAAUUACAGACAUAUGAACUUUUACAAUUACAGACAUAUGAACUUUUACAAUUACAGACAUACAUGUAAGAACUUUUGAAAUUACAGACAUAUGAUCUUUUACAAUUACAGACAUAUGAACUUUUACAAUUACAGACAUAUGAACUUUUACAAUUACAGACAUGAGAACGUUUGAAAUUACAGACAUAUGAAUGUUUGCAAUUACAGAUGUAUGAACUUUUACAAUUACAGACAUAUGAACUUUUACAAUUACAGACAUACAUGUAUGAACGUUUGCAAUUACAGACAUAUGAACUUUUGCAAUUACAGACAUAUGAACGUUUGCAAUUUUAGACAUUAUAAACACAGAACACACAAAUAGGAAUCGGAGAUCACACGAAAAGAAACAGGGAAUGUGUGACAUUGAUGGCAACAAGACCUGAGCAUCCGUUAUUAUUAUUCUUCUGUUGGAUAGAAAAGGACUAAUUUGUUUUAAGAGGGCAGCAUAAUAAAUUAAUAACUAUAUGAAGCAUCCACAAUCAAAGUUAAGCCCUUCACGUGUAAUAUACUGUGUGUUGGUUAGAUAAUAUAUAGAGAAUAGUAUACUAGAAUAGUAUACUAGUGGCUGGGAGAUAUCAUUUAUUUUAUGAGUUUUGCAAACGUAUUUAAUGAGCAAAAGCGAAUUGGAUUAUUUUUUUUAACAAGUAACAGUUUAAGAUAAUUGGUGUGUAACGGAUGUAUUAUUUAAUAUCCUUAAAACCCAGAUUUAUAUCAAAUUUAAAAGUCUGUUUUAACUAAAAUUUAUUUAUAGGCUGCUGCUGGUAUGACUAAAUAAUACAUAACAGUGCAAUGCAUUUUUGGUACUGUUAAUUUCAUUGGCUGGUGUGGCUUUGGCAUCCAGGUCAACACUGGAGCAGCCAAUCAGUUGUCUAUAAAUUGGUAUCUCACUAAGAUCACCAAGAAUCUAACCUGGUAUUAUUAUCCCAAUGGGUAUAUAAAAAAUUGAAGUAUUUCGAGGCAGCCAUCAAAAUCAUUCAAGUCUUUCAUUGGUUAUAACCUCAUGUUUUAAUGUUUGUUGUAAAUUGUUCAUCAUUCAUCAGAAGUCACGAUCAUUUUGUUUUUUUAAGUCCCGGUAUCAUCCAUGAUUUAUGAACCAGCCGAGUUGUUCAAAAUAUUGGUCAUGCAUGAUUCUGAUAAUCCAUCAACUCUGCAUACCAUAAUUAUUAGUAAUAAUCAGACAUGAUUGUUUUGUUUGCAGUUUUAGAAAAAGUUACAAAUUCCUGAUUCAGCAAUGAAAAUCAAUGUCCAUGCUUAUAAAACUUUUAGAGUCCGGACUUAAUCUAUAAUAACAUCACUUGAAUACAAUUUGUAUGGCAUUGUCAUGACAUUAAAAUCUUACAUUCAUUCAUUUCAACUUAUUUACGUGCUUAUAACCCAUCAAGGUUCAAGCACACUGUCCUGGGUAUACACCUCAGCUAUCUGGGCUGCCUGUCCAGGACAGUGGAUUAGUUGUUAAUGGGUUAGUGAGAGAGAAGAGGGUGUAGUGGCUUUACACCUACCCACUGAGCCCUUAGAACUCGCUCCGGGCUGCAAAUCCUGUACCUUUACUGUCCGAUUUACUUUAACCAUUGCGCCACUGAGGCCGGUAUCUUGAGUCUAAACAUUUUAUAACCUACUGUUUAUUGCACCAAUAGUAAUUUUGAACAAAUCUGCGGUUUGUAAAAUCAAGUGGCUUACUUUGAGUGUUUCUCACUAAGUUUCUAUUUGAGUCUGAGACUUUAUUGUCAUGGCAAUGCUAUACAUAUUACAUGCGUGUGACGGGAUUAAAGUUUUUAAUCUAGAGUCACAUGAUUCAGUCUGUCCAUUAACAAAUUAGCCAAUUGCUAAUUUUUACACAAAGUGGCUACAAAUUUUAGUGUUCGGCCAAUAAAAUGUUCAUUAAAUUAAUCACAUUAUAAUAAUUUUCUACAUAUAUCAGAAUUGGUUAAACCAAACUUUGUUCCAGUAUGAGUCCUGUAGCUAGACUAAGACUCUUAAUGUUUUAUAAGCACAAAGCCUGAUGGCAGUUACACAGAAUGGACUUCAGCUGACCUAAAACAAA